AUGAAACUCAACAUCGGUACGUAUCACAUUAACGGCAUAUUUGACAAGACUGGGACGCAGAUUGAGCCUAUCUUUACAUGGAAGGAGAUCCCGAAAGGGGACACUCUCGCGCUAGCCCUUACCCCUGUGCUCAAGAUAUAUGCUGUCGCCGACAUUAAAGUCUCCGAAGUGGUCAAGGGAGAGGUCCAAUCCGGUGAUAUUUUCGCGGAAAAACUCAUUCCACUCCCUCCAACGUCCAACUGGGAGGUCUACGUACAUUGA